AUGUCUGGUCAGGACAUGGACGGGUACGAAGCCAUGUCAUCCUGGUAUGACGAUCUAACACAGAAUUGGGACGCAGGCAAGGCCCGCAACCUGUGCAGCAACCUCUUCAGUAAUUACUUCUCCAUCCGCGACGGAUUCCACUUCGAGCACCAGUCAUUAACGGUCCUCCACGUCAAACGUUUCCGGCACAAGCUUCUCACAGUCAUCGUGGACAACCACGUUUCUGGGGUGAGCCCCACUACCACCUGGACGUCUAUCGUCGACAAGUUAACUACACAAAUGACGGCGGAUCGAAUGGAAAUGAGCGAAAACGCACGACUACAAGACACGUUUGGGAUUGCCACCGUCGGUCUUUCCUCCCGGUUCUACGUGUUACACCCAGGUAACUCCACGCUCGUCCCCCACCCUGAUACCAGGGGGCGAACUUUGGAGUUCAAAGACGAUGAACCCACCAUUGUGCGGGUAUUGCUCUCCAUCAAGGACUUAGCGACUCGUUCUCCUCGCUCUCACGGCAACGAGUCCCAGUGA